AAGUUAUUCCGGGUGUUUCCCAGUGUUUGGGCGUAUGUUGGGAUAUUAUAAUUUGGUUCACGGUCAGUUAGAAGGCAUUCUUUCGUACGGGCAGGUGGACGUCGUGAUUGCCAAGUGUCGGACAGAUGUGAUAAGAUGAGCGUGGGUACUAUCGUAAGAGGUUUGGUACUUCUGUGCCUAUCACACAUCAGUUGGGGCCUCAUCAAGGGUUGCGACAAUGAACAACGGUGUGUACAGCUUGCGCUGUGCGGUCAGUAUCUUCAUUACGUUAACGAGGCUCCAAAAUAUUGGCCUCCAAGUGUGCGUGAGGAAGCGCUCCAGCAGCUGUGUGACGUGCAGAGAGCGGUGAAUGGUUCCAAGAUCUAUUACAUAUGCUGCAAUCGGAAGGAAAUUCUGUGCGGUGUCACACGUGUGCAAUUGAUCGCGUAUGGCCAACAGGCUCGAGCGUAUGCCUUUCCCUGGAUGGCAUUGCUAGAGACGAGCGUCACCGAUGAGCUGCCUUGCGGUGGAAGUCUCAUAAACGAUCGCCACAUACUGACAGCAGCACACUGCGUCAAGGCACGGAAAAUCGUUGGCGUACGUGUCGGAGUGCAUGAUGUCAACAACGAUCGUAAAUGUGACGAUAGGAUUCAUUUUAAAGAUGAUUAUUAUGACAGCGAUGAGAGCACCGAAACGGACGAUGCCGACGAUGAGUACUCUGCCGGCUGUGGACCUCCGGCCCAGCGCAUCCCGAUCGACACGAUCGUGAUUCAUCCGAAAUAUAGUCCACGCUCGAAGCGCAACGAUUUGGCGAUUAUCCGUUUGCAAUACGCUGCCGUCAUUGGGUACAGUGUUAUUCCAAUCUGUCUACCUCUUACGGAGCAGCUGCGUGCCUACCGUCCAUCAGAUUCCUUCGUCACCGGCUGGGGACUAACGGAGUCGGGUGAACGGUCGGCUGUUCUACGGUAUGCGGUCUUACCGUCAAUCACCCUACCAGAUUGUGCGAUGCGUAUCAAGGAGCUGGAUCGAAUAAUUGUGCUGGAUGAUGCACAUCUGUGUGCUGGCGGCAAUAAUAAAACGGCUCACUGUAACGGAGACUCGGGAGGACCGUUGCAGUACGUAUCGGACUCGACGCGUUUCGUUCUGCAGGGUGUGGUUUCGUUUGGGGUGAAAACUUGCGGAACAAAGAUUGCACCGGGAGUGUUUGCAAACGUUACGCACUUUAUCGAUUGGAUCGUACGGGAAGCUAAUGUGUUGGAUUAG